AUGGCGGGAGUGGUGCUCUGCUCCAUCCCUGCCGGCUCAUCUGUCUGGGGCAUGCCUUCGAGCCAUGGCCUGGAAAACGGGGAAGCCAUCAUGCCAGUGAGACGGAUGAAAAAGAUCCCAUCUCACUCAUGCCUCCAGGACAGGAAGAACUUCAAUCAGAUCCUCAGCCUCUUCAAAAGAGAGGACAGCCAUUCUGCUUGGGAUGCGAUCCUCCUCGAUAAACUACUCUUCAGCCUUGAGAAGAGCCU